CACACAUAGGGGCCUAUAAAUUCUCACACUGUCACUCACUGGGAGAUAUUCACUGUCACUAACUCCUGGGUUCCCACAGUCUUUCAAAGCAAGUUGGUGUCGUGGAUGUGGUCCAUAAUGGGGGUGCCUGGGGGUUUGUUAUUGCUCCUAAUUUUGCAGAUUUUAACAGGAAGCACUUCAGGGACACUUGUCUCCAGUUGUGAUUCAUGUCAUGAUGAAGCCACCUGCCUGGAGUCACGAGAAAGAGGAGACUCUCUCACCAGCCCGGCGCUCUCUUGUGUCUGUAAAGAUGGAUUUGUAGGCGAUGGUCUCGCCUGUUACAAUGCAAAACUCUGCAGUGACUCUUCUUGCUGUAGCCAAGGUUAUCACUGGUCACCAGACAGUGGCUGUGUGGACACUGACGAGUGUUCCCUUCCAGACUCACCGUGCAUGCCACCCCAGGUUUGCCAAAACACCCCAGGCUCUUUCCAAUGUUUGGAGUCUUCCUCCAGCUCAAGAUCGAGCCCCUCCUCUCAAUAUGUCCAGUUCAACUGUGGAAACACAGUUUGUCCUUCAGGCAUGGACUGCAUCAGUUAUAAUGGGGUUCUCCGUUGUGCUGACCCCUGUGAGCACUACACUGUACUGAAUGACGACUGGCGUUCAACGAAUAACACAUCAAAUACAGUCAUUCACUGUGACCGAAAUGUUAACUGGCAAGGCUGGUAUCGCCUGUUACUGUGGCAAACCAGUGCUCAUAUUCCAGAGAGGUGUAUACCUGAAAACAGGUGUGGAACCCAUGCUACUAUGUGGAUAACAGAGCCUCAUCCCACACAGUCUGAUGAAAUAGUAAAUCGUACUGUGUGUAAUUCCUGGCACAGCUGCUGCACUUUUCCGACACACACCAUCCAUGUCAAGCUCUGCUAUGGAAACUACUACGUCUAUAAACUUGUAAAGCCUUCCACUUGCUCACUUGCAUACUGUGCAGAGGUGAACACA